GGUUCUGAGAUCUUAUAGUGACCUUCCAGUACCUGAAGGGGCUCCAAGAAAGCUGGGAAGUGGCAGUUCAUAAAGGCUUGUGGUGACGGAACCAGGGGUAUAAACUGGAGAGGGGCAGAUUUAGACUGGAUAUCAGGAAGAAUUUCUUCAACAGGAAAGUGGUGAGACACUGGCCCAGGUUGCCCAGAGCAGUGGUGGCUGCCCCACCCCUGGAGGGGUUCCAGGCCAGGUUGGAUGGGGUUUGGAGCCCCUGAGCCAGUGGGAGGUGUCCCUGCCCAUGGCAGGGGUGGGACUGGAUGAUCUCUAAGGUCCCUUCCAACCCAAACUAUUCUAUGAUUCUGUGGUCUGACCCCAGCAAUUCCAUCCUCUUUUCAGUUUCAGAGGUGGGUGACUCUCCCAUCCUUAGGUCUCUUCCUUUCCUUGCAGGCUUGCUUGAAUCUGCAGGAAGAUGUGCUUCUUAGACAGCAUUUGCACCAUCAUCACUGUCUUUCAAAAAUAUGCGGAGGAAGAUGGAGACUACUCCAAACUCAGCCGAAGGAAGAUGAAAGAGUUAAUCCAGACGGAGUUUGCAGAUGUCAUAGCGAAGCCACGUGACCCUCAGACGAUUGACAAGAUCCUGUGGUUUCUGGAGUGGGAUGGUGAUGGAGAAAUAGAUUUCAAUGAGUUCUUGCUUUUGGUGUGCCGAGUGGCCAAGGCCUGCUACUGGUACCUGCCGAGAGGACCACUCUUUCUGCAGAAGACAAAGCUGACAGCCAGUGGCAAGACACUGCAAGAGCCUGAAAUCAAUAUCAGAGGGAGGCGUCAGCACCUCCAGGAGGAGGAACAACAAACCCGUGAGAGAAACCACCAUCCCCCCUGUGAACCUGAGCUGCAACGAGACACCAGGGUCAACGAGCUUGAAACAAGAGAGGAAAGAGGGAAUCACCACCAGCAACGUAACGCGAGAAGGAGAAACGAUGCAACACGAAGCAGCGAGCCGAGAGAGGCCAUCUCUCAGGAAUAUGAAGAACGAAGCCAAGAGCCACGCGACAAACAGAGGAGAGGUCAUCCACAGGAGGCCAACAGAAGAGAUGUACAACUCUGUGAGUGCAGAAGCUUGCGAGAAAACGAGCCUGGACUGCAGGCAGAUGAGAGGCAAAAUCAAGAGGAACUUCAACAAGAGCAAAGGGCCGAUGUGAGGAGUCGCAGCCAGACCCGAGAACCUCAACCACGGCAAAACCGGUGGAGUAGCCGUCAGCCCCAAGAGCCAGCAGUGCCAGCAGAUGAUCGAAGAAACCAGUGGCCACAAGAAACAGAUAGAGGAAGGAACAAUGAGCCACAUCAACCUGUAUUACUCAGAGAAGAGAGAAACCGCAACCAACUACGUGAGCUGGAACAAAAAGAAGUUGAAUACAGCAGUCAGGAACCACGUGAGCCUGAAUGCCUGGACUCCAGGUGCCCACAUCAGUCAUACGUACAAGAACCGCUAGAACUAGACCUCAGGUACCAAGACACCUGUGAGUCAGAAAGAGAUGGCUAUGAAGAAGAGAAGAACAAGGAAGAGGAUCUUGAUUAUCCAGAAAGUGAGAGAGAGAUCCGUUGGGUUCAGGACCGGGAAGAACGAGAUGGCAGAAGGAGGAGAGAGCCCAUGCAGGAGAGGACCAUCGUUCAUCAACGGGAGCUGGACCUGGAGGUUAUUGAGCGACGCAGUGAGCAGACCCGUGAGAGACGUGAAGAGGAAACACGCGAGCGUGAAGGUGAUGGAAGGAGACAACGUGAGUCAGUGAGAUACGAAAGGAGCCGAGAGACAGCAAUAGCAGCAGCAGAAGCUGAUGUGAAGGUCCAACGCGUGUCCCGGGAAGUGGAGCCACGUGAGGAUGUGGAAAGGAGGGAUCGUCUCCGCGAUAGGGGAGAACCGGAGGAUGAGAGGAGGGUUUCCAGAAGAAGAGGGAGAGACGAGCCCAUGCAGGAGAGGACCAUCAGUCACCAACGAGAGCUGGACUUGCAGGUCAUUGAGCGCUGCAGCUGCCAGACAGGUGAAAGGGAAGAGCGAGAGGCCACCACUGACCAGAGAGAGAUACACGAGAGACGUGAACGUGAAAUAUAUGAGCCCCAAGACGCUGGAAGGAGACAACGUGAAUCAGUGAGGUACGAGAGAACCCAAGAGACUGCAGCAGCAGCAGCAGAAGCUGAUGUGAAGAUCCAACGCGUGUCUCGGGAAAUAGAGCCACGUGAGGUUGUGGAAAGGAAGGAUCAUCACCGUGAGAGGGGAGAACCAGAGGAUGCACGGAGGAUUUGCCCAAGAAGAGAGACGGAAGAGCCCGUGUGGGAGAGGACCAUCAGUCGCCAACGAGAGCUGGACUUGGAGGUCAUUGAGCGACGCAGUGAGCAGACCCGUGAGAGACGUGAAGAGGAAACACGCGACCGUGAAGGUGAUGGAAGGAGACAACGUGAGUCAGUGAGAUACGAAAGGAGCCGAGAGACUGCAAUAGCAGCAGCAGAAGCUGAUGUGAAGGUCCAACGCGUGUCCCGGGAAGUGGAGCCACGUGAGGAUGUGGAAAGGAGGGAUCAUCCCCAUGAGAGGAGAGAAACAGAAGACAAGAGGAGGAUUUGCCCGAGAAGAGAGAGAGAAGAGCCCGUGCAGGAGAGGACAAUCAUUCGCCAACAGGAGCCCGACUUGGGUGUUGUUGAGAGCCGCAGCUGCCAGAAACGUGAAAGGGAAGAGCGAGAGGCCACCACUGACCAGAGAGAGAUACGUGAGAGACGUGAACGUGGAGUACGUGAGCCCCAAGAUGAUGGAAGGAGACAAUAUGAGUCAGUGAGGUACGAGAAAACCCAAGAGACUGACGUGAAGAUUCAACGCGUGUCCCGGGAAGCAGAGCCACGUGAGGAUGUGGAAAGGAAGGAUUGUUGCCAUGAGAGGGGAGAACCAGAGGAUGCAGGGAAGAUUUUCUGGGGAAGAGAGAGAAAAGAGCCUGUGCGGGAGAGGACCAUCAGUCACCAACGAGAGCUGGAUUUAGAGGUCAUUGAGCACCGCAGGCGCCAGACAGGUGAAAGGGAAGAGCGAGGGGAGCUGAGAGAGACACGCGAGAGACGCGAAGGUGAAAUCCAUGGUCCCCAAGAUGAUGGUAGGAGACAACAUGAAUCAGUGAGGUACGAGAGAACCCGAGAGACAGCAGAAGCAGCAGCAGAAGCUGACGUGAAGAUUCGACGUGUGUCCCGGGAAGUGGAGCCAUGUGAGGAUAUAGAAAGGAGAGAUCGUCGCCGUGAGGGGGGAGAACCAGAGGAUGCAUGGAGGAUUUGCCCAAGAAGAGAGACAGAAGAGCCCAUGCGGGAGAGGACCAUCAGUCGCCAACGAGAUCUGGACUUAGAGGUCAUUGAGCGACGCAGUGAGCAGACCCGUGAGAGACGUGAAGAGGAAACACGCGACCGUGAAGGUGAUGGAAGGAGACAACGUGAGUCAGUGAGAUACGAAAGGAGCCGAGAGACUGCAAUAGCAGCAGCAGAAGCUGAUGUGAAGGUCCAACGCGUGUCCCGGGAAGUGGAGCCACGUGAGGAUGUGGAAAGGAGGGAUCGUCUCCGCGAUAGGGGAGAACCGGAGGAUGAGAGGAGGGUUUCCAGAAGAAGAGGGAGAGACGAGCCCAUGCAGGAGAGGACCAUCAGUCACCAACGAGAGCUGGACUUGGAGGUCAUUGAGCGCUGCAGCUGCCAGACAGGUGAAAGGGAAGAGCGAGAGGCCAUCACUGACCAGAGAGAGAUACGCGAGAGACGUGAACGUGAAAUAUAUGAGCCCCAAGACGUUGGAAGGAGACAACGUGAAUCAGUGAGGUACGAGAGAACCCGAGAGACUGCAGUAGCAGCAGCAGAAGCUGACUUGAAGAUUCGACGUGUGUCUCGGGAAAUAGAGCCAUGUGAGGUUGUGGAAAGGAAGGAUCAUCACCGUGAGAGGGGAGAACCAGAGGAUGCACGGAGGAUUUGCCCAAGAAGAGAGACGGAAGAGCCCGUGUGGGAGAGGACCAUCAGUCGCCAACGAGAUCUGGACUUAGAGAUCAUUGAGCGACGCAGUGAGCAGACCCGUGAGAGACGUGAAGAGGAAACACGCGAGCGUGAAGGUGAUGGAAGGAGACAACGUGAGUCAGUGAGAUACGAAAGGAGCCGAGAGACUGCAAUAGCAGCAGCAGAAGCUGAUGUGAAGGUCCAACGCGUGUCCCGGGAAGUGGAGCCACGUGAGGAUGUGGAAAGGAGGGAUGGUCACCGUGAGACAGAAGAACCAGAGGAUGAGGGGAAGUCUUACUGGAGAAGAGAGAAGGAAGGGCCCACGUGGGAGAGGACCAUCAGUCGCCAGUGGGUUCAGGACCUGGAGGCUGUUGACCGCCGCAGCCGCCAGACACGUGAACGGGAAGAGCGAGAGGCCACCGCUGACCAGAGAGAGACAAGACAGAGACGUGAAGUAGAAACACAUGAGCAUGAAGAUGAUGGAAGGGGACAACAUGAGUCAGUGAGGUAUGAAAGGAGCCGAGAGACUGCCGUAGCAGCAGCAGAAGCCGAUGUCAAGAUUCGACGCGUGUUCAGGGACAUGGAGCCACGUGAGGAUGUGGAAAGGAGGGAUAAUUGCCGUGAGUGCAGAGAACCGGAGGAUGAGAAGAGGGUUUCCAGAAGAAGAGAGAGAGAAGAGCCUGUGUGGGAGAAGACCAUCAGUCACCAACGAGAGCUGGACUUGGAGGUUGUUGAGCGCCGCAGCCACCAGACACGAGAAAGGGAAGAGCCAGAGGCCACCACUGACAGGAGAGAGAUACGUGAGAGACGUGAACGUGAAAUACGUGACCUGAAAGAUAAUGGAAGGAGAGAACGCGAGUCAGUGAGGUACGAGAGAACCCGAGAGACUGCAGUAGCAGCAGCAGAGGCCGAUGUGAAGAUCCAACGCGUGUCUCAGGAAGUGGAGCCACGAGAAGAUGCGGGAAGGAGGGCUCAUCACCGUGAGAGGAGAGAACCGGAAGAUGAAGUGAGGACUUGCCAGGGAAGAGAGAGGAAAGAGCCCGUGGGGGAGAGGACCAUCAGUCGCCAGCGGGAGCAGGACCUGGAGAUCAUUGAGCAACGCAGCCGCCAGAAACGUGAAAGGGAAGAGCGAGAGGCCACCACUGACAGGAAAGAGAUACGCGAGAGACAUGAACGUGAAGUACGUGAUCCCCAAGAUGAUGGAAGGAGACAACGCGAGUCAGUGAGGUACGAGAGAACCCGAGAGACUGCAGUAGCAGCAGCAGAAGCCGAUGUGAAGAUCCAACGUGUGUCCCAGGAAGUGGAGCCACGAGAGGGUGUGGAAAGGAGGGAUUGUCGCCGUGAGAGGGGAGAACCAGAGGACAAGAGCAGGUCCUACGAAGGAAGAGAGAGGGAAAAGUCCAUGCAGGAGAGGACCAUCAGUUGCCAGCAAGGGCAGGACCUGGAGGUCAUUGAGCGCUGCAGCCACCAGACACAUGAACGGGAAGAGCGACGUGGCGUUAGAUCCCACAGAGAGGCCCAUGAGAGAAGCAACCUGCAGAUACUUGAAGAAGAUGAGGAGAGAGAGAUUCUGUACCGCCGUCAAAUAAAUGAGGCACCACGUGAGAGCAGCCCCGGUGAACCCUUAGAAGACCAGGAGUGCCAGAGCCGCAGGCUUUUACCUGAGGAAGGGGUGUGUGAUCCAAACAGGUGCCGUGUCCCCAAAGGCGAAGGAUCAAGGCCCGAGAAGUUCCUCUACCGAACCGUGGAGGUAGAUGACAGCGACAGCCCUCCAGGAGAGCCGGCGUCUGUCUCUGACGUGAGGGUCCAUUAUAUCCCCGCUGAGCCCGAUGUCCAGCCAGAGGUGCAGGUCCUCCCUCCAUCCUGCAAGGCUGAGAACAUCGCGUACUUAAUCCACGUGAUCCAGAAUUUGAACGACCCUGAAGCUACCACCUACGAGAUCGUCUGCCACCAGCCUAACGACCAGGGGCCGCCCAUCUAUGUGAAGAAGUGCUACGUGUCACCCCAGCCGCUGGCAGCCCCGCGUGACAGGAGCAACGCCCCAGAGCCACGACCUCAGAGGGAUGAGAGAGAAGCAGGAGAGCCUGAAGGACCACGGGAAGGUGGUACCCCAGCUUCUAGCUUCAAGGAGAAGACAGGGCGUCUUGAUGAGCUGGAGGAGAAGUCUGAACCAGAGCUGAAAGAAGGAGCUCAGCGGGCUUCUGCCUUCGAGAUGGAUGGUGUUAAGGAUGACCCUGGCUUGGCAAAGACAAAGGAGGACAGGAGUGACAGCCGGCGCACCACGAUGCCUGACCUGGAAGAGGAACAUCAACCCCAAGGAGAUGGAUCAAAAGCUGCCAGGGAGAGUGUCCCACAGGAGCCUGAAUCCAGCUUCCAGGUGAGGGAGCGUGAGGACAGGGAAAGGAAGAGAUGCCCACCUCUGCCCCAGACUCUGGAGCCACGGGAAGCUGCUGAAAAGAGCCGUCCUCAACCGUCCCGGAAAGAUGAAGCCAGCCACUGCCAUGAGGAUGUAGAACUUGCCCCACCAGUGAAGGGCCGACAGCUGCGGCAGGAGGAGACCACCAAGAGAAGAUCCCAGCAAGUGAGUGAUUCUCAGCCUCAACAGGAGGAGGAACCACGUCAUCACACCAAGCAGCGCCAGGGUCCCCCUGCCCCCCAAGUCUCACGGGAGGCUGAGGACACAGACAAGGCAUCUUAA